UCAUUAUCACGGAUAAUGGAAAUUUAUGAACUACCGAAUCAGUAUUUGAUAAUACAAAUGGAGUUGUGGACGUGUGUGUUGCUGCUGUGCGCGGCGGCUGUGUGCGUCACAUGUGAGCAGCCGACGAGGGACGAGGACUGGCUGGAGCUGGACACCCCGCAGGGACCAGUGCGCGGCCGCAGGGAUCCCGAAGCAGACCAUCUAUAUGUCUUCUAUAACAUACCAUACGCAACAGGUCCAGAAGGCGAAAACAAAUUUAAGCCCCCUCUACCACCGCCGACGUGGACAACGCCCUACGAUGCAGUUGAUAAGUUUGUUAGAUGCCCACAGGCGACACAGCCAAAUCAUGCUAAUAAAGCAAUCAUAUUUAAAGAGGAUUGUCUCAUCGCCAAUGUAUACGUGCCUGAUACAGAAGAGAAAAACCUGUCGGUUUUCGUCUACAUUCAUGGAGGAGGCUUUGGCACCGGUUAUGGCAACAUGAUUAAAGCAAAACACUUUUUGGAUAAAAAGGACAUCAUAAUGGUUACUUUUAACUACCGCCUAGCAGUUCAUGGUUUUCUUUGUCUUGGUACUGAUGACAUACCUGGCAAUGCCGGUAUGAAGGACCAAGUUGCACUCCUUCGCUGGGUACAACAUAAUAUCGCCAGCUAUGGAGGCAACCCUAACGACGUCACCCUUGCGGGCUCCAGUGCAGGAUCCGUGUCAUCGGAUCUCUUAAUGCUCUCAAAGGCCGCCGAAGGAUUGUUUCAUAGAGUAAUACCUGAGAGUGGAGGAAAUCUGGCAGUAUUUUCAAGUCAGAGAGAUCCUUUAGCUAUUGCAAAGUUCCAAGCAAAAUUAUUGAACUUCACUGAUGUGGACAAUAUUAAAGCUUUAGAAAAGUUUUAUAAGACGGCUCCGAUGUCCUUGUUGACCUCACAUUUACGUUUCCAUAGACCAGAUUUUAACUACUUUUUCUCGCCAUGUGUAGAACGUGAAACCGCGACUGAAGCAUUCCUCACUGAAACUCCUUUGAGCAUAUUACAGAAAAAUACCUAUAAAAAAUUACCAGUGUUGUAUGGCUUUGCUAACAGAGAAGGAUUGUUCCGUAUCCGUCAAUUUGAUACUUGGAAGUAUAGAAUGAAUGAAAAAUUUUCGGAUUUCUUAACAAUUGACUUGAAAUUCAAAACGGCGGAAGAAAAAGCAGAAGUAGCGGAGAGGGUAAAGGACUUCUAUUUUAGAGGUAGCCCUGUGUAUGAAAAGGUUUUGGACUACGUUGAUUUCUAUUCAGAUGCCUUAUUUAUUCAUCCCAUGCAUUGGGCAGCUAAGAUGUACGUUGAGAACGGGAACAAUGAAGUAUAUUUGUACGUUUACUCCUUCGUUGAUGAUGACAGUCCCAUAAUACCUCACACUGACGUGCAUGGUGCAGGCCACUGUGCUCAAUCUUUGGCUUUAGUAGAUGGGCGUGAUGGCUCAGUUUAUAACGAAAGUAUUUUGACCCCAGAGUACCGCAAUAUGAAGAAGAUUGUUCGGGAAAUAUGGCACAGUUUUGUAAAGACCGGUAAACCAGUGCCAGAAGGGUCAUCGCUACCCGCGUGGCCGGCGGCAGGCGUGGACAGGGCGCCGUACAUGUCUCUGGGACAGAAGGUGGAGUUGCGUCACGAGCCGCUGCUGGAGACACGCACACGCUUCUGGGAGGACAUCUACCAGAAGUACUACCGAGCUCCUAUACCUCCCCCGAACCCCGAGCCAGAGACUAUACAAAUGACUAAAUAAUGAAUGUAUAUGUACCCAAAAUUCUACGAUUUUUGCUAGUUUAUAGGUAAAUAAAAAAAUGUCUUGUGUGUUAA